UCAAACAUCAAAAGGGAUGGGACCGACUUCACCUUGGGAAGAAUAUUCAGUACUGAGGACAUCACAAUUGAGAAGAUAUUGAAUUCAUCAUGGAGACAUUCUUAUAUUAUGCUGGGAAGGCCCUCUUUGAGAACAAGUGGAGAUGAAAAAACUCAAGGAAAAACACCAAGAGAAGAUGGCUAAGAAAAAUGCCAUAAUAAGAGAGCUGGAAGAGGAAAACAAAUUCUUAGCCAGCGAAGUUGCAAAUCUUGCAAAGGAAAACAAAUCCUUGAAGAAGAAACUUAGAGAAAGUCAAGGCACAAUGAAAGAAGAUGAGGAAUGUAAAAAACUAACAGAGGAAAUCCAGAGGUUCCACAAAGAAAUAGGUGAACUGAAAAUCAUAAGUAUCUUACAGGGUAGCAAGAAAUUAGAACAACCUCAAUUUUGCUGGAACCUCUGAUAAACAAUAUGACUGUGUUGACUGUGUUACACAUUUUUAAAGACAUAGCCUUAUUGGACAGAAAAAAGGUUGCCUUUAUGUGUUAUAUUAUUGAUCGUCUUAGAUCAAGCCAAGUCCAAAAACAUCAGAAGCCGGCUGCACCCUGCACUCUUGACAAAUUGCCAUCAAAAUAAACAUGAACAAGCUCUACGUACUGUGUAAAAGAGACAUUCAACAAGCCAAAAAGGGAACAAAAAGACAAAAGCACCUCCCUAUCAGUAAUCAACACUCAGAUGAACAUAGAUUAACACUAAGAUUAAUAUCAGACAAUCAAUCCAGAAGUAAACAACGCUUGAAGGCAGCAAGACUACUUCAUACACAGAAAUGGAAGCUCACUUCGAUCCCUACAAUGGAUGAAUGGCUGCAAACAUUGAUGGAGUUAGCAGA